AUGUGUGGCAGCGGUCACGAAGUGAGAAAGAACAUCAAGUGUGCAACCAUCGAAGUUUCCUGUGGAAAAGUCUGUGGAAAGAAUCUGCCAUGUCUCACUCACAAGUGUCCAAGAACCUGUCACCACGGACCAUGCUUGAAGCCUGCCACCCCAACCAAUGUAUCACCAGCAAUCACCUCUGAAAGCACACUCGAUGAUAUCAUGAAAGGAAUCUCCUGUGGCUAUCCAUGUAACGCUCCACUCGCCACUUGCGAGCAUACAUGUCAAGCAUCAUGUCAUCCAGGUGAUCCAUGUCCACCACAAAUCUGUAAACAAAAGACUAAAAUCUAUUGUCCAUGUGAAAGAAGAAGUGUUGAAACAAUAUGUGUUCCAGUUGGAUCAGAGGGUAAUGUUAGAGAGUUGGAAUGUGAUGAACAAUGUGAAAGAGAAAAGAGAGACAAGAUCUUCUUGUCACUCAAGAGUGACUAUGUUGAAAAUGAAGAAACUGAACAGCCAUCACUCAAUCAAAUUGAAACUUUGAAUCUCUUUUGCAGAGCAUCGCCAAAGUGUGUUAAAAAGAUUGAAUCAAUCUUUGAUGAUUUUAUCAAUUCAAGUAUAUUGAAAUUGACUGUAUCAUUCACAAAUUUGGUUCAUUCGAAUUUAAUUAUACAAAUGGCAAAGUACUAUCACAUUAGAGUGAGAGAGAAACGUGGAUUCAAUUUGAUUGAGUUGUACAAGAUUCAAAAGUUGACUGCAGUGCCAUCGCCACUCUUGACAGAGUCGUUGAAUUUCAGCAAUUUGACAUCGGUCUCCAAGAGCAGCCAGAGCUAUGCUUCGAUCUCGUUGAACAGUGUCGUCGCCGAGGAGUUUGAGUCGCGUACUCUCUACUUUAACAACUUGAAUCCAACGAUUCGUUCCGAGCACAUCACUCAGUUCCUCAAGGAGUUCGAGGGCAAGUAUAGUCUGCUCUGGAUCGACGAUGCCAAUCUCCUGGUGAUCUUUGGUGACCAACACAACUAUGACAAUGCCGCCGACAUCAAGACAACCAUGUUCUCUGUGAUUCCCUACAGUGACGAUGCCAAGUUGAUCGAGGUUACGUCGGCCGCUGCUGCCGCCGCCAAGAAAUACGAACCACCCGCUUUCCAAGGUGAUUUCUUUGCAGUCAACAGAUUCUCUUAUUUAGAUUCACCACCAAACAACAAUAACAAUAACAAUAACAACAACCUUAACAAUUCAUCAAAGAAAUCAACAUCUACUACCACAACUACUACCACUACAACAACAACCACCAAUAACUCCAACAAUAAUAACUUCAACAACUUCAACAGUAACAACUACAAUGACAAUAACAAUGAUUACAUUUCAGAGGAAACCAUAUUAUUAAAUGAGCCAGUUGAGAAUUGGGAGCAAUACAACCAAUAA